CGGCAUCCGAACGGGAACCGGAGCCCGAGCCGGAGCCGGAGCCGGAGCGGGAGCGGGAACCCGAGCUGGAGCCGAAGCUGGAGCCGGCACUGCGGCGCCCGGAGAGGAGCGCGGCAGCCAAGCCGAGUGAGUGGAGGGGCCUUCCCCGCGAGAAGUCAGAGCUGAGCCCGUGGGCAGGCUGGCUCCGCUGUUCUGCUCCAAGGAUUACAUGUCCUUCAAACGCCCUUGCCCCUUAGCACGAUACAACCGCACCAGUUACUUCUACCCCACAUUCUCUGAGAGCUCGGAGCACAGCCAUCUGCUGGUGUCUCCCGUGCUGGUGGCCAGCGCCGUCAUAGGUGUGGUCAUCAUCCUCUCCUGCAUCACCAUCAUCGUGGGCAGCAUCCGUAGGGACAGGCAGGCCCGGCUCCAACGACAUCACCACCGCCACCGCCGACACCACCACCAUCACCGCCACCGCCGGCGACGACACCGAGAGUACGAGCAAGGUUACGUGUCAGAAGGACACACCCACAGCCGCUCCAGCCACAGGAUGCCUGAGGCUUGCAGCCCUGCUGAGGACUGGCCCCCACCCUUGGACAUCAGCUCUGAUGGGGAUGUGGACGCCACGGUACUCAGGGAGCUGUACCCAGAUUCUCCACCAGGCUAUGAAGAGUGUGUGGGACCCAGAGCUACUCAGCUGUACAUCCCCACGGAUGCACCACCACCGUACUCACUGACCAGCUCCUGCUCCACGCUGAAUGGUGCCCUCCACUCAGGCAGAGGCCACGGCCCCAGCCAACAUGAGCAGGAGCCGAGGACCCGGAGCCAGAGUGGGCUCCGCACUGUCUCCAUGGACACACUGCCCCCCUAUGAAGCUGUGUGUGGAGCUGGCUCCCCAUCUGACCUACUGCAGCUGCCAGGACCAGAACCAAGGUCAAGGAACUCCCAAGAGUCACCCACCCCAGCCUGGGCCCCAGACUCCAGACCUGAGAGUGUGUGAGUGACCCAGCCACUAAGACCCGCUGGUCCUUCUAGGCUGAGCCACCUCCUCCAGGUAUAAAAGGGGCACUGAUACAGAUAUGCACACACGACUUGUGUACAUGCAUAUACAUGACGACACACAUACUGACAUACCCCAGGUACACAUGUGCGUGGAUAUAUGUGCGCACACACACACACAGAGACCCACCCCUCACAAACCCACCCACGAAGCUUUCCUUCAGAAUGAAGCGUGCCCCAAAUCACAUCUAUCUCCUCCUCCCCAACCUGGUGCCUGGUGGCUGUGCCUCUUGACACAGUGUUGAGCACAGGGGAAGCAGGAUGUCCCUGCUUCCUCUUCCCUCUUCUCAGCUCUCCCACCCCAGAUUGUGGCCAAAUUCAGAUUCUCCUUUAGAAACUGCUCAGCCAACCUAGGCCUGUCCCAACUGCUACUGCAGGCCUGAUCCCCCCUGGAAUACGGGACAGGCCCCAGUUGAGGUCCUUCUGUGCCUAUCAACUCCAGGGCAGACGAGCCACAAUGUAAUCACCCUGCCAUUUACAGGGUAGAGACACAGGACUGGGAGCUUGAGCAUGACCGGGAGGUCCUCACAGCCCACUGGGCUGCUCCCUAACCCACUACCCUCAGGCUGAGUCUGGCGGUGCUAGCAGGGUUAGCUUAGAGGCUCACCCUGGGCUGCAGGGAUGGACAGGCCUUGGACAUGCUGUGGUGGAGGUGGAGGUGGGCUCCAGUUCUUCCACAUCCGUCCAGCUACUGCCCAAGGCUAAGGGUAUUUGAUGAAGACGAGGCCACUACCUUGAGGCUGGCAGCCGCACCACAGUGCCACCUGGGCACUACUCCAAGGCAGAGAAGGGCCCACAACUCAGUAAGUGCCCACCCAUCCCUGGUGGCCUAUACCCAAGUGGACUAAAGUCAACCCAGGAGCCGGUGCUGUCAUCCUGGGUGACAGUUCACAAAUGGGAACAGGGUCGAUGCCUUCUGGCUUUGCACCUCUGGGGUGACUGCAGAGCCAACAUGAAGGGGAUAGGAGCCCCAUCCAAACCACCGUGCUACUCAAACCAUGAGAAGGUCAGUGUCCACUGCUAGGUCCUGCCACAGAAGUGAAUAUGUGGAGUCGUCCUGGUUAUAGAAAGGCUCCAGUUGGCUUGCAAACUCUGUCUGUACCAACAACCACUUCGGUGAUAGAGGUGAUCCGGGAAGACCCAGCCUGUUGAGGGUGGCAACCAAACGUCUUUGAAGAGUGUCCCUGCCAGCAUCGCCAGUGGCAGGGAGCAAAUCACCCUGCUUCCUUCCUUCCCACCCUUUGUCACUCAUUCCUAAACAGAAGCCACGCCCUCCCCCCCCACCCCGCCCCAUUUCACUUCCUCCAAUGAAGGGCUAAGAAAAUUCAGUAGUCACUUUUCUUAAGCAGAGGGGUGGCAAGGCUGGUGAUCUUGAAUUUUAUUUACUGUAGAAAUAUCAUUUGUUCUGGUGCAGGGCUGAAAGGGACCCACCCACAGGCUCUGUCACAUCCCAGUGCCACAUCCAGGAGUCACACACUCCACCUGGGGGAAGAACCUUGUUUACAAGCAGUUCUGCCCAUCUUUGUGGUGUUCUGCUUUCUAGGCAAAAAUAUCUGUCUGUUGUACUGUAUAGCCUUUAAAAUGCACCCCAGGGAUGAGACUCUUUUAAGAAACACAGCCUGUUUUUGCAACUCUAGAGACUGUUGGGAGAAGAAAAAAAAAAAAUCCCUGCCUACUCAUCAUGUUGGAGGGAUCCAGCUGAACUGCUUCUCUUGUUCCUGGACUCAGAGCUGAAUAAGCAGCAAUGUGUCUUUUCUGUGUGCAAAAUAAACACAUUAUACCAAUAAAGAUGCAGUAAGAUAACA